UCGUAGCAAGAGGAUCGGUGGUUGCUCUCCUCGUUUCCUUCUGUGCAUCGCAACAGUUAUGUUUCCUAGUCGAGGGGUAAUAAUAAUUCUCCGCCAAGAGUGCGCUUUCCCGCCUCCGCAACAGAGCUUUACCUGUUAGAUUUUCUCGAUUAUACACGCACAAUAACUUUCCUCGCAGCGCACGACAGAAUACGAAGAGUAAGCAUUGAUUGUGCGCUACUUCGCGAGAGCAAUUUGACGUCGUUUCAUAUCGUUUACUGGCGUGCUACAAGUUAUAAAAGAGCUGUAAUCGUGUUGAUUUUGAGACAUGUACGUAUUGUUGAAAAGUUAGGGAAGUGAUUGAUUACUUCCUGGCGUUUGCAUCGACCGUCUGAUACAAACAACCAGCUCUCUUGCGAAUACCGAUUGUUGGCUGCGAGUGUAGUGUUUGCUAUUGCGUCAAACCAUAUAUAGUUUAUGGCAGCUAUCGUGACUAUGAAAUCACAGCGAAUCGCUCCGGCGGUAGGAAGGGAUCUUCUGAAUCCAGCUUUGAGAAACUACCCCUUAAAGCGGAAUAUUUGGCACAUCUUGUUGUUUGUCACCCGAUUUGUGCAAUAGUGAUGGCGGCUAAAAAUGCUUUAGACAAAAGACGGUGCAACUCUUCAGAAGAUGAAACGCAGUACUCAUCUCGGGAUUACGGGGACAACAAUGAUGGGGAUAAUACUCUGCUGGCCGUGGACUCGCAUUCCGUCUCUUCCUCUUCUUCAGAGGAAUAUGGUGGCUAUGUCAAUAAUGGUCUGCAAUCGGACGAAGACAGUGAAACCGGGAUCAUGGACGUCAGCCAAAUAGUGGAGACAGUUCUGAGACAGCCGGUUUCGCCCGCUCUCCGCAUAAGCGAAUCUUCCGACGUGCACGUGGGGCCCAGUCUUACCUACAAUGGGCCUGUUACCAUCAACGUUACCGUACAGCCGCAGUCGGAACAUCAGGCAACACCGCCACAGUCUGACCCUCAGCUAGAGUGUCAACUGGAGCUUCGGAAUCAGAUCCAACCUCAGCUUCAAACCGAACACCCGCCCGAGCAACAACCGAUCUCUCACGCUCAGAUCCAGUCUCAAACUCAGAUUCAACAUCCUCCACAGCAACAACCGCUUCAAACUCAGAACGAGAUUCGAGAACCUCCUCGGCAACAGCCACUGUCUCAGACGCUGGACGAACCUUUGCCACAUACGCAACAACCCCGUUUGCAACAACCACAGACCAUGGUGCAGAGGAAUCUCCAGACGUAUGGACAAGAUUUCAGGACUGUGAAGCCAUCUGGGUGUCAGCUGAUAGCGGCGGAGCUGGCUCGGAAGGGUCAGUUGACUGGGCUGAUCAGAGACGUGGGAGCCGACGUCGUGCAGUCCUGCUGCGAGCGCAACAUCGUCUUCAUCGUGCUGCUCGUCGUGCUCGUCACGGUCUGCGGAAUCUCCUUGAGCCUGGUGGUCGGGUACAGGCGCAACGCGUCACCAAGCAGACCCAGUGUCGAUACUACGGUAAAAGGUACAUCGCCGAACGAGCUAAAUACGGAGAACCCACAAAACAUUACGGUUGCUGUGGGCCAAGAGACAGGAUCUACAACUACAACGGAGAAACAAAUUUCGGAUAAAUCUACAAUUGCAACAGAGAAAACAAAUUCUGGACAAACCUACAACUACAACAGUCAAACAAAUUUCGUAAAAACGACUUCAGUCAAACAUACAACUACAACGGAGACUCAAAUUUCGGGAUCCUGUCAACAUUUUCGGGAGCGAAACAUGUGGGAGAACAUAUGUUACGUUUACACCAUAUGUGACAACGUUGUGGUGGAUUAUAAUCCUGUACCAUGUGUAUAGGAAGAUCCCAAUAGCAAUGUGAAGGUUUGAAUAAAAACGUAACAAACAAAAAAAUACUGGAUUCGUCAAGUGGUCUCUGUGAUAUUUUGCUAACAACAAGACACUACAUUAAUUCUAGCUGUCACCAAGUAAAUGCAUGUGGGAAUAAUUUACGCAGCUGAUGAUUACAGUGAGAGUGGAUAUCAUCUUUAUGCUGUGCUUACCUAACAUCCUUCAAGGGGAGGCAAGUCUUAAUUGAAAUGUCCCUGGAGUCGUCAGUAUGCCUGUAAGGGUACUCCAACAGAUCAAGAAGCAUUUGUAAUUUCUGAAGAAAAUUCAGUCAUCCUUCACCACCAGGAAACAAACCAUCCUAGUCAGCAGCUUAACAAAUCCCACAGCCGCAUUGCAAACGCCAAUUUUACCAAGAAAUAUAAUGUCAUUAAGCAUAUGAAAGUAGUCACGGAAAUCUAUUCCAUGAGUUGACAUUUAGUGCGUUCAACUUUUGUGGUACUGUACAAUUCUUUCUUGAUGUUUUCCUAUUAUUCUUUCCGAAGAAUAUCUCCGAAGGACCAUCACGACUUAAUACCUGUUACUUUUCUUCUGUUUUAUCAUUGAAAAUGUGUCGGCUGAACCUUACAUAAUCAUAUAAUUACCUUAUAUGUUUUUUUAAAAUUCCUGAAAGACAUUUAUUGAUGUAUGUUUAAUAAUGAAAUACAAUAAUUAAUUUUUAUGGUGUUUAACGGCCGUAUCAAAGAGAUAGGUGUUAAGCGUUACAGCUUUUUCCGAGGAUAUUACAAAUGCAUACCUGAGGUUUUCCUUCUUGUACUUUAGUAAGCUUUCUGUCACAGCUGCAUGAGUCACCAAUACAAUCCAAACAGCGAUAUAAACAUAAAAACUUAUGUUACAGGAAUCAAGCAAUUAAAUCUUUUGG